AUGGGCCAUAUGUGCAAGUGGGGUGGUGCAAGUGGGGCGGUGCAAGUGGGGCGGUGUAAGUGGGGCGGUGCAAGUCGGGCGGUGCAAGUGGGGCGGUGCAAGUGGGGCGGUGCAAGUGGGGCGGUGCAAGUGGGGCGGUGCAAGUGGGGCGGUGCAAGUGGGGCGGUGCAAGUGGGGCGGUGCAAGUGGGGGGGUGCAAGUGGGGCGGUGCAAGUGGGGCGGUGCAAGUGGGGCGGUGCAAGUGGGGCGGUGCAAGUGGGGCGGUGCAAGUGGGGCGGUGCAAGUGGGGCGGUGCAAGUGGGGCGGUGCAAGUGGGGCGGUGCAAGUGAGGUCACCUGCUAG